CUUGCACAGCAGACGACACGCAGAAAAGCUCAUGAAUGUGUCUCCUCUGACCAACUAUCUCUAGCAUGGGGAAGAAAACCCUGGUAAGCAAAGGCCUAGCUGGCAUUGUCAUUCUUUUAGCAGCUACCACCUUGGCUUCAUUUGUUGCCUUAUUUGUGGACUACUCACAGUACAGGGAGACACACAAUGCAACAGUGGCGCCCGAGGAUAUUCCCACCAGCACGACACCCACAACUCCGUGGGGCCAGUGGAGCGAGAUAAGGCUACCAGACACAUUGGCACCAGAGAAGUACUCCAUAACUCUAUGGCCUCGGCUGACUCCCGAACCCAAUGGCCAGUACAUUUUCAAGGGGAGCUCCAGCGUCUCUUUCCGAUGCAUUAAAAAGACAAACAUCAUUGUCAUUCACAGUUACAAUCUGAAUUUGGUCACAUUUGAUGGAUUUCAUGCAAAGCUGAGUGGACGAGAUGUUCCAAGCCAACCAAAGAUUAAGAGUACCUUUUUUACAAAGGAUACUCAGUACCUGACAGUUGAGCUCAAAGAGAACCUGAUACCUGACAAACUCUAUGACCUGUACACUGAAUUUAGUGGGGAGCUGUCAGACGGAGGCAACGGCCUUUACCGAACUGAAUACAUGGAAAAGGGGAAAAAAAAAAUCAUGGCCACUACCCAGAUGCAACCUACAAGUGCAAGAAAGACAUUUCCAUGCUUUGAUGAGCCAUCUAUGAAGGCCAAAUACAAUAUAACUCUGAUCCACGAGAGCAAUAUCACAGCGCUGUCCAACACCCAAAACAUAAGCUCUGCUAUCAAGACCCUAGAAGGUGGAAGGCGGAGAAUCACUACAUUCGAAGGAACAGAGAAAAUGUCAACCUAUGUGCUGGCCUUUAUAAUCUGUGACUUUAAGAUGAUAUCUGCAGCGGACGAAAGAGGAGAGGUCCGAGUGUGGGCCCGGACAUCAGCUAUUAAUGACGGAUAUGGCAACUAUUCCUUGUUAAUUGCACAAAAAAUGACAGUGUUCUUCGAAAGCCUGUUUGAAGAAGACUAUGUCUACAGAAAAGCAGACCACAUUGCUAUCCCUGACUUCUAUGGUGGGGCAAUGGAGAACUGGGGUCUCAUUACCUACCGUGAAACGGCUUUGCUCUUUGAUGCAAACAUCUCCUCACUUGCUGAUCAAGAGUAUGUCACUUCUGUUGUAGCUCAUGAACUGGCCCAUCAGUGGUUUGGAAAUCUUGUUACGAUGAAUUGGUGGAACGAACUGUGGCUGAGUGAGGGCUUUGCUACUUACUUCUCCUACUUUGGUGUGAAUGCAGUGGAAAGCAGCUGGAAUUUUAAAGACUUCAUGGUGCAUAAAGAGGUUUACAGGGCUUUUUCACAGGACGCCCUGAGCUUUUCCCAUCCCCUGAGCAGCCCAGAUAAAGAAGUCAACACUCCUGGUGAAAUCGAUUUACUUUUUGAUCACAUCAGCUACAGUAAGGGUGCUGCUGUGCUGAGGAUGCUCUCUUACAUGGUGACAGAGGAUGUCUUGCUAAGAGCAGUGAAGGAUUACCUGGAGAUACUGAGAUUCAAGACUGCCACGAGCAAAGAUCUUAUGGACAUUUUAAAUAAGACUUUGAAUAAAAACCAAGAUGUUACGUUGCCAGCAGAAAUUGGUGUGAUUUUAGACCGGUGGAUUCUACAGAUGGGUUUUCCUGUUGUGACCAUUAACACUACAAAUGGAGAAAUUUCCCAGAAACAUUUCCUUCUCUAUCCUGAUUCUGUUGUCCACAGGAAAUCCAAAUUCAACUACACGUGGAUUGUUCCCAUUACAUGGAUUAAAAGUGAAAAUGCUCAGUCCAUGAUGUGGCUGUGGAACUCAACAGAAAUCUACUCAAACAUGACAUCUAACACAACAGACUGGGUGCUGGCCAACAUAAACGUAACUGGAUACUAUAGGGUGAAUUACGACAUGAGUAACUGGCAAAAGCUCCUUGGGCAGCUGCAAAGUAAUCAUUCGGUAAUCCCAGUAAUUAACAGAGCACAGAUCAUUGACGACUCAUUUCACCUUGCCAGAGCUGGCAAAGUGCCUAUUACACUGGCCCUGAACAGUACAAAGUACUUAGUCAAUGAAACGGAAUAUCUGCCCUGGAAAUCAGCACUGGACAAUUUUGAAUAUCUCUCCCUCAUGUUUGAUCGAACUGAGAUUUAUGGACCGAUGCAAGCUUAUCUUACAGAGCAGGUGGACCCAUUGUAUAACUUCUACCAAUCCCUCACUUUCAACUGGACACAGAGACCUGAGGAAUUUACUGACCAGUACAAUGAGGUGAAUGUUCUGAGCAUAGCUUGCAACUCUGAGAAUGAAGAAUGCCAGACCUUGGCCACCAGCCUUUACAGUCAAUGGAUGAGCAACUCCAGCCUCAACCCGAUCCACCCAAAUUUGCGGACCACCUUCUACUGUACUGCAAUUGCUGCUGGGGGUGUAAAGGAGUGGGACUUCGCUUGGAAGAUGUUCAAAGAAACAAAUCUGAAGGCCGAAGCAGACAAGCUGAGAUAUGCCAUGUCCUGUUCCAAAUACGUCUGGAUUUUGAGCAGAUAUCUGCAGCACUCCCUGAACAGGUCCAUGAUCCAGGAGAGCGACUUUGUUUCAACUGUGGCCGCCAUUGCAAGCAACGUGGUGGGCCAGUCUCUGGCAUGGGACUUCAUGCAAACCUACUGGAGAGAGAUUUCCAAAAAAUCACACAGUGGCCUCCUAGAAAGUGUCACUCGCAGAUUCUCUUCAUUGAUGGAACUCAAACAGCUGGAAGAAUUCAUACAGGACAAUAAAGGCUCUUUAGAGUCGACGCAAACACUGCAGCAGAUAGUGCAGCGUACCAAGGAGAAUAUCAAAUGGGUGAACAGCAACAGGGAGGCCGUGUCAAACUGGCUUCUGGCACAGACGAGACCCGACGCCAACUGAAUUGUCAACGAAAAUAGAACUUGUGGACUGUCGGAAACAAACAACUGCUGGCAGACAUUAGUUUUCCAUCCGAACGUGAAACGUCUAAGCACUUUAUAUGUUUUCUUAUUUUUGUCAGUCAUCAAAUGCUCAAUGAUUGCUGUUCCUUUCUAUUUAUUUGAAGCAUUACUGACUUUUAUUUAUUUGACAUGAUAGCGCUUUUAAACUUAGUUACUUGUAAACCUAUUUUUAUUUGAAAAAUAAUUUGGCACCUUCUGAUAAAAGAUGUCAUUCUACAUUGAAUGCAUUUCUUAAGUGACCACACGCCUAAUAAAAUCAAACACACUGCUCACACCCUAAAAUUACGUGCAUCUGACGGGCCUUUAAAGUGUCUCAAUAAAUGACUACCACUGAGUUGUCAUUCAACCUUUUUAAAUGAAGAGCUUUGAACUGUUCUGUCUUCAAGUAUUAGUUGUGUAUUUAGUUAUGAAUUAGAGGUUUAGUAAAAAGACUACAAAUGUAAAUGAAUUAAUAUUUCUGUAGCUGCUCAGAGUCCUUUGUAAAAUGCCAACAAGUGGCAGACACUUUUGGAAUAUA